UGGUUAUUAUCAUUAUAAUGUGUAUUAUUAUCAAGUAAGAUGAUCGAGACCUGUUUCACGUGACUCGCUCUUUGUUACAGACUCCACCUCUUUCAUGUGAACGCGCCUUAAGCCGAAUAAGAAAAUCCUGGGUUAACAAAGCUUGCUGACAUCCAGCUUCAUAACACCGGUUAUCUUUUUCCCGUUACCGUCGCGUAGACAGUUAUUGAUUAAUGUGAAGCGUGCCGUGACUAACUGUCGCGUCUACUAAGCUCGGAUUUGUUCCGUUUUGCGACCUUUGGGUUACGAUUUGAUUACUAAAUCUAGCAUUGAAACAUCUCGGAUAACUGCGCGCACCCGCUCCACCAUUAAGGGAAAAGCAAUCGCACUCCGAAAGACCGAUCACAAUCCAUGAACACAGAAAGAGAUUUCCAGAUGAUGAAAAAACAAGAGAGGGCACAUUUUUUCAGCUCUAAAGAGCAGGAUCUCAUUUUGAAGUUGUAUGAAGAAGAGAGAGAGGUACUGACAGCCAAAUCCAACACUACCAGUGCCUCUAAACUGAGAGAGGAAGCCUGGCAGAGAAUUGCUGAUAAAAUAAACGCGGUAUCGGACAGCGGCUACAAAAGAUCAUGGCAGCAAGUGAAAGUCAAACAUAAAAAUAUAGUGCAAACAGCGAAAAGAAGACAGGUGGGGGUGAUGAGGACUGAGGGGGGGUCGGCAACCCCGUCGCUGACGUCUGCAGAGGAAGAUGUCCUGCAGCACAAAGACAGCCUGCUGAGAGUGGAGGUCCUCCCUGGGGGGGCCUGCAUUGAGCCGCUCACUGGAUCUGACGACUCUUUUAUCAGUGUCUCAGGCCAUCCUGUCCUCCUCCUGCCUGUCACAAAGACUGAACCAGAGAGCCUGAGCAGUGAUGAGACAGACGUCAGUGACUCUCAUUUUGAAGGGGAUAUGCACAGCAGCAGCAUCCAGGAGAGGGCCAAGGCAACGUUUGCUGUGACCGGUGGAAGAAGUGCAGAGAGGCAGACAGAAGACAUAAGAGCCCUUUACUGCUGCUACCUCAAGAAGGAGAUAGAGAACCGUGACCAACAGAUGGCAUACAGAGCACUUAAAAUGAGAAAGAUGGAGAAAGAAAUUUUAUUACUUGAUAAGCAGCUAAUGUGACCAUGUAAAUAAAUGCUAAUGUUUUUUUUUUUUUAAUCUUACUAUUAUAAUAUGUUAAAACAAUAUUUGAUUUAUUUAAGGCCGGACAAUUGUAAUAAAUUGCUUCAGUCAC